GCAGGGACGGGGAUUGAGGAUUGACGCCAGUACCACCAUAUCACCACCACGUUGGGUACUGAAACCUUCGGUGCUGUCGUUGUUCGGCAUCCCACAGAUCUGCUGGGUAGCUGAAGACUACCGUAUCGAAUCGAAUAACCAAGCCUCUCCUCCAGCGGGCUGAUCCGAACAGUACCACUCCGGUCCAGUCUAUUCUUGGCCGCUUCUGACGUAUUCACCGUACUUGGACCUUUUUGCUUGUUUGGAGUCAAGUCUUCAAACGAGCGUUGAGGAAGGAUGGUGGCCUUCUCAGAAGUGUUUCACAAGCUUAACCCCUGGUCAAAAGACACCAACCCAAUCUCAACCACCACAGCCUCCCUCCUCCUCGUCUCUUACGCCCUCUCCUACUUCCUCCCCUUCUACCUCUCCCCGCUCGCCCGCCCCUCACCCACUCUCUCGAGAGACAACCCCUCCGUCAUCCGCGCCCGCAUCCGCUCCGUCUGCAUCUCGUGCUUCUUCUGCUGCCUGUCCACCUUCCUCAUCCUGCUAUACGUAGCCAAUCUCCCCGUCCCAGAUGCGCUUCACUACCUAGGCUUCUGGCCUUUGGGCCUCAUCGAGUCUGCUCGGGCCUUGGGAUUGACGGCGCUGUUGUUCGCUGGCCCGCUGUUCUUGUAUCUGGUGGUGGAUGAUGGAUGGCAGGAUUGGGUCAGGGGGGAACCGGUGAAGGAGCUGUGGGGGGACAUGUUGACUUGGAGGAAUAUUGUUGCUGGCCCCCUAACAGAAGAACUCCUCUUCCGCACCUCCUCCGUCCCUCUCUUUUUGCUGUCUCCCCUCCCCGUCUCCCUUACCAUUUUUUACUCACCCAUCAUCUUCGGUCUCGCCCACGUCCACCACUUCUACGAGUUCCGCCUCCAAAACCCGCGCGUUCCCGUGUUCGCCGCGCUUCUAAGGUCAGUCUUCCAGUUCAGCUUCACGACCUUAUUCGGCGCGUACGCGACCUUCAUCUUCAUCCGCACCGGCAGUCUGUUGGCCGCGUUUGCGGUGCAUGCGUUCUGUAACGGCAUGGGACUGCCCAAGGUCUGGGGAAGGGUGGAGAGGUUGGAUGGACGGGGGAGUGGGAUGGUGUGGACGGUGGCGUAUUAUGCGCUGUUGGUGGGAGGGGCGGUUGGGUUUUGGAAGGAGUUGUGGGCGUUGACCGAGGGGGGGAAUGGGUUGGUGCCUACGAGUGCGUUUGGGAGGUGAGGAUGAGGGUAUUUGAGGUGUUGAUGUUUGGGGACUAUUCGGCCUCUAGACAGACAGACGCCUUCGGUUGGGUUUUGCUUGUUGGCGAUACCGCUGGA